AAACAAGAGACUUCACUCUUUCCACUUAGUCUUAAGAUCAAGUCACUACUAUUGAAAGUUCUUCUUGCCACAAGACAUGAAGAUGAUUCAAGAACAUCAAGAACCUUUAAUAGAGAUUUGAAGACCAAGGUUCAAAUUGUUCCUCCCAACAACAACAUCUCCUAUUCAAACACAAAUCCACAACAACAAUAGCAACAACACACCUUUAAACUUCGGAUUUCACAACAACACACCAAAAACGUCCAAUUUGUGGAUCCACAAAACCAACACCAACAAUGCUUCGGCCAAACCUUGAAUCCGCACAACACAACACAAGAAGGAGUUCAACUUGGAUAUUGAAUCUAUUAGUGUUAGAGAAGAAGAAACCAACACUAAAUACACCCAAGACUCAUGGAAUGCUCCUAGAUCUAGUACUCAAAGACAAGUCUCGGCCAAGACAACAACAAGAACAACAACUUUCUCGGCCAAGAACACCAAACUCAAGAACACAACUUUUUUUUUUCCAAGUGAGCUAGCCCAAGAUUGAUUUUUCUCAACAUAUCAGGGCUGAGAAAAAUUGAUCUUACAUUCAACAAUCUAUCAGGAAGCCUCCCGCCAAACAUAGGUUCUAUCUUACCCAACAUUGAAGAGCUUUCUGACUUCCUUCUCUAUCUUUCAACCACAUGCUUCCUGCCUCCGCGGGGAACCUUUCCACAUCUCUUUUUAAAGUUUCACGCCAAAAGUUGUAAAAUCAAAGGGCGAAUUCCAAAUGAAAUUGGGAACUUAAGAAGCUUAUUGUUCCUUGAUAUUUCUGAAAACAAUUUGGUUGGAUUGAUUCCCACAACACUUGGAAACUUGAGAAACCUUCAGCGCUUCAACUUGAGUAACGACAAACUUACAGGGUUUAUUGGUGAUCAUAUAUGUAAAUUGCAGAAUUUAGGUGAAAUUUAUUUGGGUCAAAAUCAACUUUUAGGAUCUCUUCCUAAUUGUUUAGGGAAUAUUACUUCCCUUAGGGAGAUACAUCUGGGUUCCAAUAAAGUGAGUUCCAAUAUAUCAACAAACUUAGGGAACCUUCAAGAUCUAGUGGUUCUUGACUUAUCGUUAAACAACAUGGUGGGUUCUUUACCUCCACAAAUUGGAAAUCUAAAGGUUGUAACAAAGAUGGAUCUAUCAAUGAAUCAAUUCUCAAAUGGAAUUCCUAGAGAAAUUGGAGGAUUGCGAAGUUUGGUGUACCUUUCUUUGAGACACAACAAGUUGCAAGGAUCUAUACCUGACUCAGCGAGCAACAUGGUAGGUUUGGAAUUCCUAGACCUUUCUCAUAAUAACAUAUCAGGAACCAUUCCCAAGCCUUUGGAGAAACUUCAAAACCUGAAGUAUUUCAAUGUUUCUAUCAACAAAUUGUAUGGUGAAAUACCCUCAGGGGGUCCUUUCAAGAACCUCUCGAGUCUGUUUUUCAUCGACAAUGAAGCAUUGUGUGGUUCUUCAAGAUUUAGUGUCCCAUUAUGCCUAACAUCAUCAAAGCACAAAUCAAAUAGGAAAAAAUUGCUAGUUAUAUAUCUUUUUCUAGGACUUGCAAUUUUAUUUGUUCCUAUCAUAUUUGUGUUUGUAUGGAUAAGGUAUAGGAGAGGUAAAAGAGCUCCUCAACAAGCAGAUUCAUUGGAUACAAAGAAACGAGAAAGAAUUUCAUACUAUGAACUGCUCCAAGCAACGGAUGGUCUUAGUGAGAGUAAUUUGAUUGGUUCUGGAAGUUUUGGCUCUGUUUACAAAGGCAUACUCAAAAGUGGAACUGCCAUUGCAGUUAAAAGUGUUCAAUAUGCAGCUGGAUGCGGCAUUUAAGAGUUUCGAUAUGGAAUGUGAAGUUUUGCAUAGCCUUCGCCAUAGGAAUCUCGUAAAAGUCAUUACUAGUUGUUCCAAUCUUGAUUUCAAGGCUUUAGUUCUCGAGUAUAUGCCUAAUGAGAGUCUUGAGAAAUAGUUGUAUUCACACAACUACUUCCUCGAUACCAGGCAGAGACUAAGCAUAAUGAUAGAUGUGGCGUGUGCUUUGGAAUAUGUUCACCAUGGGUGCUUCUCGCCUGUGAUCCACUGUGAUCUGAAGCCUAGUAACAUCUUGCUGGAUGAGGAUAUGGUUGCCCACCUCAGCGACUUUGGCAUUUCAAAACUGCUUGGUGAAGAUCAGGGUGAUUUGUACACUAAAACCUUAGCAAGACUAGGUUAUAUUGCACCGGAGUAUGGACUGGAUGGACUAGUGUCAAUUAAGUGUGACGUAUACAGUUACGGGACCAUGUUGCUGGAAACGUUUAUUAGGAGAAAGCCUAAUGACUUUGAGGGAGAUCUUAGCUUGAAACAAUGGGUGGGUUAUUCACUCCCAAAGGCAGUAAUGGAUAUCGUAGAUGCCAACUUGGUAACAGCAACAGGUAAAGGCUUACAGAAGGAGCUAGAUGUUGUGGCAUCAAUCCUCAAAGUAGCAUUAUAUUGUUGUGCUGAAUCUCUGGCAAGAAGGACUAACAUGAAAGAUGUUGUAGCGAUGCUGCAGAAGAUCAAGAUUCAACUUCUUGCACGUAGAACAUUUUUAUAAUGGUUCUCUUUUCUCUUUUAGCACUUGAUUUGUGUAUGAUUCUGUUUUCAGAAAUUCUAGCUGGUGCAAUAAAUCUGACUGUUUCUUUUUGAUA